GCCUUACCUCACCUUCCCGCGCCUGAGAUCGAGCCGCGAGCUGGAGCCUGACCCAUUCCCACAAGCCCAAUUACCAGUGUCUGUCGCACUUCGACGGAUCACACCGCGCUUUGAUUCCUAAACGGCGAUUACCCAGCGAACGGCCGAGUACCCAUCGAAUUCCUCGGGGGACCCUGCCGACAAACGGAGCUACCCUGCCUUAGUACCCCAUCGCACCCCAUUCAUCUCGCUUUCGAUCGCGAACCACAACGCUACCCUUAGUUCUCGACAUUCAAGUUUCACCUUCGAGGCCAUAUCCAGCGAUCCGGCGACCUUCCGGGCGGACGGACGAAGUCCGAAUAAGAAAAAGCAGGGAGCUUGAGCGGACAUCACAGUGUCGCCGGCAAGAUGGGCAACACGACCAGCGCGGUGCUGGACAACAUUGUCCAGGGGUCCAACUUCGACAGGGAGGAGGUGGACAGGCUACGGAAGAGGUUCAUGAAGUUGGACAAGGACAACUCCGGCACAAUCGAGCGCGAAGAGUUCCUGAGCCUGCCGCAAAUAUCGUCGAACCCGCUGGCCACGAGAAUGAUAGCAAUCUUCGACGAGGACGGCGGCGGCGACGUGGACUUCCAGGAGUUCGUGUCCGGGCUGAGCGCCUUCAGCAGCAAGGGCAACAAGGAGCAGAAGCUGCGCUUCGCCUUCAAGGUCUACGACAUCGACCGCGACGGCUACAUCAGCAACGGCGAGCUGUUCAUCGUGCUCAAGAUGAUGGUCGGCAGCAACCUCAAGGACCAGCAGCUGCAGCAGAUCGUCGACAAGACCAUCAUGGAGGCCGACCUCGACCAGGACGGCAAGAUCAGCUUCGAGGAGUUCACUAGGAUGGUCGAGAACACGGACGUGAGCAUAAGCAUGACGCUGGAUCAGUUCUGAGCGAUGGGAAAGGGUUGAGAUCCAUGAGAUACCAUGGCAUGACAUGACGCUUGGACAAGAAGAUAUAUGAUGAGCUUAUUUUCUCCUUUUCUUUCACCAUGACUUUUUGUCAAUGAAAAAACCAUGAGGAGGAGACGAUCAGUCUCACUCCCUACCUCCC